AUGAGCCGCGCGCCUCCUCUCUCUCCCUCGCCCCGUGCUCGUCCCCUCCACUGCCCGCCGCUCGGGGCCGCGCCCCGCGCCCUGCCCCCACGCGCGCGCCCGCAGCCACAGCCGUGCCCACUCGCCUGCCCCGCACCCCCUGUCCAGCGCGCACUCGCCGCGGUCUCCGCGCCCCGCGCGCGCUCGGCCGCGCUCGUCGCCGCACCAUCCCGCUGCUCCCUCGUCCCGUCCGCGCUCACCGCGCGGUGCCGUCGCUGCGGGCGGCGCACUCCUCCCCCGGCUCCCCCUGCGACCACGCGCGCCCGCCGUGGCCGCGCUCAGCCACUUCGUCCGCCCCGCACGGCGCUCGCCGCCGCGCUCACCGCCUCCACCACCGCGCCCCACGGCCCCCCUCCGUUCGCCCUCACCACCGCCGCGGCUUGCGCGCCCCGCCCUCGGCCUCGUCGCCGCUCGGGCUUGACCCCGCCCGCGGCGCUCGUCGCUGGGUCCGCCCGCACCACCGCCCGUCGCCCGCGCCGCACACGCGCGCCGCACCCGCGCCCGCCUGUGGCCCCUGGGCCACUGCCAGAUAUAUAA